AUCAGGUAUACAGUUGUCAGAAGGUAGGUAGGAAACUAAUACGUUAUUUAUAGAAUGGAGCAUAUUGUGGCGUGCAGAAGUUUCCUUGUUGAUGGAUUCUGACGUCAAUGAUGCAGCGGAAAAUGGGGUGGAUGCGUUACCGAAUAGGUAAUAACUCUGGAGAUCUUGCAAUCAGCGCGAGUCGACCAUAGGUUCGAGUUGGAAGAUGAUGGUGAACGAAACGUACUCUUUACUGUUGGUCGAACAACAGGAAUUAGAGAGCCUUAAGAAGAAUAUGGACGAUUUAUUCCUUAUCAUCAUGGGCAACUUUGUCUUUUUUUUGCAGCCUGGAUUCUUCCUUUAUGAAUCGGGAACCGUUCGCCAAAAGAAUGUCGUCAGCGUAGCCUUUCGCAAAUUUAUCAACACAACUAUUAGCUCGCUGACCUACUUUCUCACCGGCUUCGCGCUAUCAUUUGGCGAUGGCAAUGGUUUCUGUGGAUUUCAAUACUUUGCCCUGGUCGAUCUGCCCGACGAGAUGAUGGCCGAGUGUUUCUUUCAGUACACGUUUGCUGCGGUAGCGUCAUCCGUCCCUUCGGGAGUGGUACACGAACGCUCCUCUACCGUCGCUUUUGUGUCCUACACGGCGUUGACUUCUGGAUUCAUUUAUCCGAUUGCAGCGCAUUGGGUGGCGACCAAAAACGGAUGGCUCAGUCGGUUGGGUUUCGACGAUUUCGCUUUUAGUGGUGUAGUUCACGCCAUGAGCGGAGCAACAUGUUUGGCAGCUGCUUGGAUGACUGGCCCACGACUGGAUCGCUACGAGUCUGGCGGCCAACGUAGAGUCGUUAUUUCUCCUCACUCAGUGCCGCAAAUGAUUUUAGGUGCAUUCAUCUUUCUCUUUGGGAUGAUUGCCUUCAAUGCAGGAUCCCAAGGAUCCAUUAGUCAGUCGGGAGAUGGACCGAUUAUUGCACAAGUCACGAUCAACACACUUAUAUGCGCCAUGACAAGUGCUGUGACUGGACUGAUUUAUCACCGGUUCAUAGUGGACCGGUCCAAAAAGAACUGGAAUUAUUCAAGUUGCGUUAACGGAAGCUUUGUUGGAAUGGUUGCCAUAUGCGCAGGAUGUAAUCAAUUCCAGUGUGGCGGCGCUUUUGCACUGGGCAUUCUGUCCUACCUCUUAUAUUUGGCCAUUCAGGCGAUAGUGGAAAAACUAAAAGUGGAUGACGUGGUGAAUGGAAUUGCAAUUCAGCUGGGCGGCGGAUAUGCUGGACUUCUCAGCGUGCCUCUGUUUAAAGAUAAUGGGCUACUGACCAAUCCAUCUAAAAGCUCUCCUUGGGGUUUGCUGAUUAACGCUGGAGGUGGAAUCGUGAUCAUGCUUUGGUCGUUUUCCAUCACUAUAUUGCUGUUCAUUGUUCUACGAUACUUUGAUCUCCAUCGAGUAUCUCCUGCCGACGAAAAAAUCGGUUUAGAUAUGGCGAUACACAAAGAAAAGGCUUACGACCACACUGUAAGAAAAUAAGAGAAGUUCAUCGCAGUUUCUGGGUACUAAUAACUGUUCGUGAGCUUAACUAUAAUAACUAAGAAAAUCGUAAGUCUAAUAAUAAAUUCCAAAACCCCAAUUGAAUCUGUAGCCAGCACUAUUAAAAAAUAACACUGUUUUUUGUAAUUUCACAAUUUUUCGCAUUAAGAUGACAACUCAAAAACUUUUAAAAAUAAGAAAGAAAAAUGAUUGAUUUCUGUUAAAGUCCAAAUCGUCCGGGUGUCCGGCGUGGUGUACCCUCCGGUGCUCGUCCAGGUGUAAUAAUCUCCGAUCUAAAAAUAAUAAAAUGAAAAAAGUUUCAAAUUU